AUGACAGUAACGCCACCACAGUCAGGUUUGGCAGUUGCAGUUGCUCUUUGGGGUAAAAAGCCGCCGGAACAUCGAAUUAACUGCUUGCAGUGUUUUAAAGAUGGCGCAGUUAUUAUUACAGGAGCUAAUGAUGGUACCUUAAUAUUAUGGGAAAAGUAUGACGGGAAUUUGCAGGCCCAGAUGAUGUUACUUGGACAUGAAGCUCCGAUUACAGCUAUAUCAGCAACAGAUACUACACGAAAUUUGACGAGAUUCGUGAGUGCUUCUGCAGAUGGUCAGUUGACGUUGUGGGAUAGCGCAGAUGGGCGUAGCAUUGAUAGUACCUUCAUGGCUCAUGUGCAUCGACAAAUUGUUCCCUAUCGUACAACCAAUGGUUCGCUCAGUUUAUGCGGGUUGUAUUGCAUAGGAGAUUACGCAGAAGUGGUGGUGAUUGAUCCACAGGACAUGAAUAUACUUUUUACUCUGAAUUCACGAGUAGAGCCAGAUUGGAUAGCUGCAUUUACUUUCGUCAGUCAUUCAAACAAACAAGAUGCAAUACUAGGUGUGACGACAUGUGGCAUGAUGAAAGUUUGGUUACUGCUCGACUUAGAUAAAAGGGAACUGCCUAUUUAUGAAACAGAAUCGAGAAACAUUGAGAUGAAUGAAGUUUGUUCUAUGUCUUGGCAUCCAUCUGCACCUCUCAUAUUUCUGGUAUUUAAUUCUGGUUCAUGGCAGAUAUUUCAAUUGGCUGAUCUUAAUCGUUUGGUAGUUUAUUUUUCGGAAGAGCAUAUUUGUGACGGGAAAUUAUUAUCUGGUGAGCGAUCUGCAAUAGCUUAUGCAGAUGGCUCCAUAUAUAUCUAUCAGCUUCCUCACUCGUUGCUUCUUUGUGGUAGUGAUAAAGAAAGUAAAAUGGAAAAACUUAACGACCCAUUACUGCUGAUGAUUUUGCAAAACAAAUCAACUAAUAAUCUGCGAUCUGCAUAUAUAGUAUUUUGCAUCUCGGCUCAUCUUAUAUGCCGAGCUGAUAUUGAGAGCAAUAUAGCUGUAUGGGAAUUUAAUGAAGUUUUACCACUACAAUCGGAACAUAAAGUGGUAUUCGAACAGCCGAAGCUAGAAACAAACAUGAAAUGCCAGUGGAAUAGCUUGAAAAAUUCACCACCAUCCAUAUAUGAUAAUGAAGAUGGUUGUGAAGUUACAGCUACUAAAUAUAUUAGUAGCCAAGGACGGCUUCUUAUUGGACGUGGCGAUGGGACUAUAAUCCUUAUGUACGGUUGCGAUGCUAUUUCAAAACAACUGUUGACCAAAAGUGAAGAGCUUAAUUAUCGGCAUUUAUACGGCCAUACUGCUGCUAUAACGUGCUUUCUGUAUCCACAUGAAGAACAUUCGCGAUAUGACCAGCAGAUAUUGCUAUCUGGAUCCAGCGAUUUUUCUGUCAUAACAUGGAAUUUAAAUACUGGCUCAAGAUUGUACCGAUUUUGUGCCCAAGGUGGUCCAAUUCUGCGUAUGCUUAUUCCUCCGGAAACAUGCAAUCCAAGAAUUCUCCAUACGAUUUGUUCAAUAGCUGGAGAUAAUUCAGCUGCGCUUUUAUCUCUAAAAGAAAAUAAAUGCCUUCUCUUGGCAAGCCGACAGUUAUUUGCAAUAGUGGAGGUAAAAUGGCGACCGCUGGAUAAUUUCCUGCUUUUAAAAUGCGAAGAUGAAACAGUUUAUGUGUGGCAGAUGGAUACCGGAAGUUUGGAAAGAGUUGUUAAUGGACAAAUAUCGGAAGAAAUUCUGGCGGCGUGCAAUGAACAAAUUGGCGUAGCGGAGAUAGAUGAUGAAGCUGGCGCUUCUCAAGCCAUCCAAAUGCUUCGUGCUUUGAAAAACAAGAACAUACUUGUGAUGAAACAAAUUGCAACUGGCAAUCGGGAUGGAAAGGUUACAAAUACAGCUGAGAAAGUUCUCGAGCUGCCACCCCCAAUGAACAUUCAAGCUAUGACUAAAGCAUCUAGUUCACCACAUCUUGUAUUUUUCAACGUUGAUUCUUUGAUCGCCGGCCUCCUAGUACUUGAGAAUGAACUGUCAUCAGGUGAGAGUAUAGAAAAUAAGUCGCUGUCGACAAUACUGAUGGGUAAACAACAGCCAGAUUCUCGUACAUCAGUACCAAAAAUUGCAUGGCAGACAGGAUCCAAUCUUUAUUUGGAUGUUACAAAGCUCUGUAUGAGCUUAUUGUACGCCUGGAAUCUUGAUGCUGAUUUGGAUGAAAUUUGCUUGAAAAAAUUGCGCCUUGUAAAACCUUCAGUACCGUUAAGUUUUGGUGUUGAAUCGCGACAGGGACAUCUAGUGGUAUACAUGCCUACAGGGAAAUUGAAUAAUGGCACUUCAUUUGAUAAUUUUGCAAGUGUUGUUCGAUGGACAACCGGUAGUUCUUUAACAACAGCGCAUCUAUUAUCCGUUAUUGCUCUCGCGAAUACUUUGAUGUCAUUACAUGGCGCUUCUUUUGCUAAGAGGGAUAUUCUUAUGAGAAAUUCUUCAUUACGUUCUUCUGGUACCGAGUCUCAUGAGAACGAUUUGCAACUGAAACAAGGCUGGUCAUUAAUUGCUGCGCUACACUGUUGUCUGUUGCCCGAUCUAAUCAAACCGAAGAAUAUAUAUUGUCCACCCAGAAUAGAAUUACUAGCAAAAAGGUGGCAAGACCGUUGUCUAGAAGUGAGAAUGGCCGCUCAGGCUCUGCUGACUAGAGAAUUAACUCGCCUAAGUGUCAAUGGUCGAAAACGUUUAGUAGAAUCAUGGUCUGCCUUUCUUCCAACCCUCCUGGAUCCUACUCUCUCAAUUUUUGGUAAUCGAGCUUUAAUAGCAUCUAUGAAUACAGCUCUUGGAACGGCCAAUGCUCCUCAACCACCUCCAAUUCCUUAUCGCAAGGGCGAAAAAGCUCUCCCAGAUCCAACUGUCAAUGUAGAUGUUAGAUUGUCAAAAGAAGCUGGUGUACAUCAAAUUCGACGAAAUCAAGCAACAUCAUUAAUAUUGCUUGGCGUGAUCGGUUCCGAGUUUCCGGACGAAAUGAGUAAGUUGGAUAUUUCACGAGCUACUGCACAAUCCCUAUUAGAACUUCUUAUUGCUCCACCAACAACACUAUUACCAUAUCAUUCACCACUUCGUCGUGCCGCCGUAGAUUUGAUCGGACGAGGCUUCAGUGUCUGGCAGCCUCAUUUGGAUAUCACUAAGCUUUUGCUGAUCCUUUUGGAAUUGGCUACUAGCACCGAUAAGCAACCUGUAGAAACUACAGCAGCUAUUUUAACUCCAUCAGCGGAUGUUUGUCAUACAGCGCGUCAUGCAUUAAGUUUAAUUGCUACAUCGCGGCCACCGGCAGUAAUCACGGCAUUAAGUAAAGAAGUAGCCCGUUAUAAUAGUGUUGCACAGCACCAAACUAUUCAGCAUUCGACUAGCAGUCCACUGUUAAAAUGCCGAACAGAGGUGCUGAGGAUCAUGGAAUUACUCUCGGAAAAGGAAUACACGAACGUGGCGGAUUUGAUGAUCCCGGUGGGUGAUAUACUUGUUCACUGUUUAGAUGCUUCGUUGCUUAAGCAUAAAUCACUGUCAGAAAUUUUUCCACCAAUUACAAGGUUUUACAUGGUUGCAUACUGUCCGAAUACUCGGCGCAUCGCGUUUGGUGGGCGAAAUGGCACGGUAGUCGUUCAUGAAUUAAGAGCUGCCAAGGCACAGACACUGCAGGCGCAUAAGGGUGCUGUUACAGCAGUGGCAUUUUCGGAAGAUGGAAAAUUUCUAGCAACUUAUGGGGCAGAAGAAGCUAAAUUAUCAUUUUGGCAAACGUCACAGACAUUCCUAGGCAUGGGUCAGAGUCAAUUGAAAUGUGUCAAGUCACAUUCAGCACCUGGAAUUUUCCCAGUUCUCUCUCCUAGUGGCACGAUUCAACCCUUCAAAGCUCGUUUAGUAUGGAUCUCUCUUAAAUCGGUCACUUUGAUGCUUCCAAAUAGCAAAGAGUUUAGGUUCGCUUUCUAG